UUUGAGUGGUUCACAUUUCAACCUCAAAUAAUUGACGUACUAAAAAAAGAAGGGAUUGAAUUGUUGACUACGAUUGAACCGACUGAAGAGAUGAAAUUGUUUAUUCUACUUCAAAUUUGUCUUUGAAUCAAAUAAAAAUUAAUAAGAACAUGAUGAGAUAGCGGGAGGAAAUUACGUAAUUUCGUUGCCAGUUGAUUCGUCUAUUUUCCUCGCUCUAACUGGUUCGUUUAUCAUUCACGACAAUUCAACAUUGCUCUAAGAUUUGUUGUCGUUUGGAGCACCAUGGACUUCGAAUCAGUUGUUGAGUUUCUUGGAUGUGUUCCGCUGCUUCAGAGGCUUCCUGGCUCAUCUCUAAAGGCUAUUGCUGAAGUGAUUGUCGUUAAGCACUACGAGAGGGGAGACUAUGUUCUUCGCGAGGGUGAAACAGGAGCUGGAAUCUAUUUUAUAUGGGAGGGAGAGGCUGAAAUACUUGGUUCCAAUGAUGGAGACGAAGAAAAUCGUCCGGAAUUUCAAUUGAAGCGUUAUGACUAUUUUGGUUAUGGAACCUCAUCAACUAUACAAGAAGCUGAUAUAGUUGCUUUGUCUAAACUGACAUGUUUUCUCCUACCUCGGGAACAUUAUCCAUUACUAAAUCCAAUGUCAAUCUGGAAUGCUCAUGGAACUCCUGAUACAUGUGCACAUGUUGAGAAAAUAUUGCACCUAGAGCCUCUGGAAGCAAAUAUAUUCCGGGGGAUUACUUUACCAGAUGCUCCAAAAUUUGGAAAGGUUUUUGGUGGACAGCUAGUUGGUCAGGCACUGGCAGCAGCGUCAAAAACUCUUGAUUGUCUCAAGUUUGUCCAUAGUUUGCAUGUAUAUUUUCUUCUCGUUGGGGAUUUUGAUUUGCCAAUUAUAUAUCAGGUUCACCGUAUGCGUGAUGGAAACAGCUUUGCUACCCGGAGAGUGGAUGCAAUCCAGAAAGGACAUGUCAUUUUCACAUUGCUUGCUUCAUUUCAAAAAGAAGAAGAAGGAUUUGACCAUCAGAUAUCAAAAAUGCCAUCCGUGCCAGCUCCAGAUACGCUUCUAUCAAUGGAAGACUUGCGAGAAAGACGACUUACAAAUCCAUCGCUUCCUAGGUAAGAUUUAUCUUUUGUCCAUAUCAGAAAUU